AUGGAUUUGUCGCCAUCUGUAUUGGGGAAUGAAUGUGAAGAUGAUCAUUCAUUGACACAACUUCCAAUUGAUGAUGUUUUGCCUCUUGAAAUUGACUCUCAAAAUGAUCAAAAUGAAACUGCAAAUGAUAUAGAAUCUGAAGAUAAUGAUGUCAAUUGCAAGAAUGAUAUGAAACUCAUAGAUGGAGUUGAAAAUGUGGAUGAACCUAAGCAAGGAAUGGUAUUUAACUCUUUAGAUGAACUUGCGUUGCAUUAUAGGAAAUAUGGAAAGCAACAAGGUUUUGGGGUGGUACAAAAGAAUAAAAGAAAGAAUACAAGUGGGCAUACAUGUUAUAUCACUCUAUCAUGUGCACGUCAAGGCACUAGAAAAGCCAGUUCAAGUAAGCCAGUUCAAACAACUAGAACGGGGUGCAAGGCUAGUUUGAAUGCAAGGUUAGUUGAUACAAAGUGGUAUGUGACUAAUGUAUCUGCUAAACAUAAUCAUGAUUUAAGCCCAGGCAAAGCUAGAUACUUUAGAUGCAAUAAGAAUUUGGACUCUACUGCAAAGAGAAAGCUUUUAAUAAAUGAUAGAGCUGGAAUAAGUAUGAGCAAGAGUUAUAACUCACUUGCAGUUGAAGCAGGGGGGUAUGAGCACCUAGAAUUUGGUGAAAAAGAUUGCCGUAAUUUCAUUGCCAAGUCAAGGCAUCUUCGUCUUGGCACAGGAGGCGCUGGAGCUCUUUGUGACUAUUUCAAAAGGAUGCAAGCAAUUAAUAAUAAUUUCUACUUUGCCAUUGAUUUUGAUGAUGAUUGUAGAUAUGAAAUGCCAUUUGCUCCUUUUGUGGGAGUUAACCAUCACGGUCAGUCAAUACUUCUUGGGGCGGUAUUAAUAUCAAGUGAGGAUACAGAGACAUUUGUAUGGUUGUUUGAGACAUGGUUGAAUUGCAUGAAUGAAAGAGCGCCGAGUGCAAUUAUAACAGAUCAAAAUAGGGCUAUGAAGAAUGCAAUUAGAAAAGUUUUUCCAAAUACUCGACAUAGAUGGUGUUUGUGGCACAUAUUGAAAAAGCUUCCAGAAAAAUUUGGAUCGCAUUCACAGUACCAUGCCAUUAAGGGUGCCAUACGAAGUUGUGUGUAUGAAUCUCAGACACGCGAUGAGUUUGAUGCAAAUUGGCAAAGUCUACUUGAUUGUUAUAAUCUGAAAGAUAAUGCAUGGUUGUGUGGGUUAUAUAGUGAGCGUACUUUUUGGGUACCGGCAUAUUUAAAAGAUGUAUUUUGGGCUGGAAUGACUACCACGCAACGAAGUGAAAGUAUGAAUGCUUUUUUUGAUGGUUAUGUGCACUCAUCAACUACAUUGAAGGAAUUUGUGGAUCAAUACGAUAGUGCUUUGCGUAGAAAAGUUGAGAAGGAGAAUAUUGCUGAUUUCGUUUCUUUUAAUGAGACAGUUGCAUGUCUAAGCAGGUUUCCUUUUGAGAAGAAAUUUCAACAACUUUACACCACUGCAAAGUUCAAAGAAGUACAAGAGGAGAUUAAAGAGGUGAUGUAUUGUAGUAGUUCUCUUAUCACAAGAGAAGGUGCAAUGUGUAUAUAUCAAGUGACUGAACAGGUACAAAUUAAUGAUGCGUUCACGAAAAAGGUAUGCUUUACUGUUAACUACAAUGAAUCUUCGUGUGAAGUGAAUUGUAGUUGUUGCUUGUUUGAAUCAAGAGGAGUUUUGUGCAGACAUGUCAUAUCUAUACUGAAUAUAGUUGGAGUUACAUCGUUGCCAGAAAAAUAUUUUCUUAACCGAUGGAGGAAGAACUUGAAGCGAAAUUAUAAACAAAUCAAUAGUAGUUAUGAUUCAGGUAGUCGUGACCCGAGUGCAGAAAGAUAUUUCGACUUGUGCAAAGAUUUGCAUGCUUUAGCAGAAAUAGCCUCAAACAGCGUGGAACAUUGCCUGACACUGAAAAAAUAUGUUCAUAUGUUAACGAAGCAAUUCAAUGGUUCGAUCUGUGAACAUAGUCCACCUUCUCAAGCACUUGUUAGUGGUUCUACUACUUGUAAUUUGUCCAUUGAUGGUAUGGCGGUGGAAAGUAAUAAGGAUGGUACGACGAUGGAAAGUAAUAUGGUUCGUAGUCCUCUCGUGGUUCGAAUGAGAGGGAAGCCACCAUCAAAAAGGAUGGCUUCUGGAGUAGAAAAAGUGGUGACAAAGAGGACACGAGGAAAAAAGAAUCAAACAAGUGACACAAAUAGUAAAAAAAAGAGUAAAACAAAAAAGGUAAAGAAGGUUGUUUCUGUUCCUUGUGUUUAA